AUGGCUGAUAUUUUGGCAAGUCAAUCUUUCUGGUGGUUUCUGAUCGUAUGCGCCCUGUUCAGAAGCGGUAAAGCAGAUUUUUCCGAGCAACAACCUAACUGUGGCGAUGGCACCUUAUCGUUUCAACCCAACGGGAAUUUGGAAUCCCACAAAGGUUACGAGACAAACCAACCGUAUACGGCUAUGAAGUGUUACUGGCUGUUGCAUGUACCCCCGGGGCACGGAAUCAUGGUCCAAUCGGUUCAGUUUGAUCUGGCGAAUUCCACUCCGGGCUGCACAACUGAUUCAUUGGAGGCUUUUGAGGCGGAUCAAUAUGCUAGACCAGGAAAUGAAACCAAAGUUGAUGACGAGUUCGUUAUUCCGGUCGGAUCUGGACCCCGAUGCGGGAAUCAGCUAGUUAGAUUUGUCACUCCCCAAAAUCGUUUGCUGUUAGUGUUUACUGCGAAAAGCUCUGGUCAACAUAUGGGUUUCCGUUUGCGAUAUGCAAUGAUUGAACGGGAUCUGGUGGAUGGUUUACUCGCCUCAAACAUGGCAGCACUGGGCCAAGGUACAGCGAGUGACUGCGAUCCAUCUCAUGAGUGGCUGUGCCCAAAUCGAACAGAACAAACAAAUGUGUGUGUCCUGAAACAAUGGCGUUGUGACGGUUUCGAUGAUUGUCCCCAAGGAGAUGAUGAACAGGGCUGUCUGAAAUCUCAUGUUCUUUCUCGUCCACUACCGCGAACUGGAGCCCGAUUACGCCGAAGUGCCAUUAACGAUGAUCUGGACGAUUGGGGUCGUGUGGUCAACGGGCAGCCAGCUUCUCAAGGUGCUUGGCCGUUUAUUAUUUCUCUCCGUCUGGCUGCGAAUGGUGGCCAUGUAUGUGGAGGCAGCCUGAUUAGCGCUCAGUGGGUAUUGACAGCCGCACAUUGUGUGCAGCCGAUGCCCUAUCCAGAUCAGUGGUUUGUCGAUCUGGGUAGAUACUACAAAGACCAAGGUGGAUCAGAAGUACAACGUGUUCGAGUUGCACAAGUCUACAUACAUCCCAAUUAUGAUCCGGUUCGAAUUGUGAAUGAUAUCGCUCUCUUACAAUUGGCCACUCCGGCCAAUUUGGCCACCGGGUACGUUCGCUUGUCUCCAGUGGUUCGUAGUCCCAGUCUGGCUGCAGCUCUCACAGCAAAUACACCUUGUCUAGUAGGAGGAUGGGGCGAUACACGCAAUACCGGAUCAAAUGCUGUACUUCGACAAGCCAGUCUCCCUGUCAUUGACUACAAUCUGUGUCGAUCUUGGUACAGCACUCUGACACCGGCCAGCUUUUGUGCAGGUUAUCAACAAGGUGGUAUUGACGCAUGUCAAGGAGAUAGUGGUGGACCGUUGCUGUGUAAUGUGGGUGGGCAAACAAUGCAAGCUGGUAUUGUCAGUUGGGGUAGUGAUUGUGCACGACCUCGUCAACCGGGUGUUUACACCAAUGUGGCCGCGUUCGUCAACUGGUUUUUUAGUACCAUACGCGACGGUGCACCAAUAAGAAGCUAA